GGGGUUCAGGAUUCGCGGGUGGCGUGGCGUGGCGUCGUCCGCGAUCGCUCUCGCUCGCAUUGAGCGAUUAUUCGCGACUGCUUGUUCGUUUGCUUUCUCUCUGUUUUUUUUCUCUUGUGGGGAUGUAGAUUGUGAUAUGUGGCGUUGGGAUUCUGAGCUCGGUUGCUUCCUAAGCUUCCGCGGAGUGGUUUAACGCGUACGUAUAUGGUAAUCGGUUUUGAAGCUGCUAAUAUGGAUGUGCCGUGUGCGUGACGAAUCGAAUCGGCCGCAGGAUGCCUACGCCCUACGCAGCUCGGCAGCUGGGGGAAUUGGAUCCCCCGACCAUGCGAAUUUGCAACCCAGAGUGCUCCGGGUUCUCGGUGUCGUCAUCUUUUACUAGUAUAAGUAGUAGUCGUUGUUUGGAAUCUAGUUUGUCAUAAUUUCUCUUCCCGAUUUGAUUGGUUUGUCGAUGCGUCUGUUUUCGUCGAACAAGAAGUUUGUUAUUGCUAAGCUUCCCGUUUCGGGGGGAAGCUGCCUGCCGUACUGUGUUACGCGAAUCCGAGUCCUGGUUGCGUGGGUCACUGGAUCCUGAGGCAAGAAAAAGAAGGCUUCAGUAGUCAGGUCUGGGUCAAGCCAUGAUGGAGAGGUCGCUGCUGGAGGUGCUGGCCACGGCUGCGCAAGGAGGGACCGAGGGGACGUCGGUGCUGAGCAUGCUCAAGUAUGCCGUGCUUCCCAUCGCCAAGGUGUUCACUGUCUGCUUCAUGGGGUUCCUCAUGGCCUCCAAGUACGUCAACAUUCUCCAGCCCAACGGCCGCAAGCUUCUCAAUGGGCUUGUGUUUUCCCUUCUGCUUCCAUGCCUUAUAUUUUCCCAAUUGGGUAGAGCAAUCACUAUCGAGAAGAUGAUACAAUGGUGGUAUAUUCCAGUAAAUAUUGUUGUAGGUGCAGUAUCCGGCUCUUUGAUUGGAUUUGUUGUGGCAUCUAUCAUCCGACCUCCAUAUCCAUACUUUAAGUUCACUAUUAUCCAUAUAGGAAUAGGAAAUAUUGGAAAUAUACCUCUGGUCCUCAUUGCAGCGUUAUGUCGGGAUCCUUCUAACCCAUUUGGUGACUCUGAUAAAUGCAAUCAAGAUGGGAAUGCGUAUAUCUCAUUUGGCCAAUGGGUUGGUGCAAUUAUUGUUUACACAUAUGUAUUCAAGAUGCUUGCUCCACCACCAGGACAGACCUUUGAUGGUUCUGAAGAGGAUGAACUCCCAAUCAAGGCAUCUGGAGAGAAUACAGUGCCCCAAAUAGGAAAUUAUCCUAUGAACACUCACACUAGUACUGUACCAGAGAAUGAACCAUUGUUAUCUGCUGGGGAUGUUCAAAAGGAACGUGCCACUUCUGUAGGAACAAAGAUAAUGGGCUUUGUUAAAUGUGUGGUUAAGUUCCUGAAAGACAAGCAGCUUCUCCAGCCACCGAUUAUUGCAUCUGCGUUUGCAAUUGUAAUUGGUGUUAUCCCAUUCUUGAAGAAUUUUGUCCUUACAGAUGAUGCCCCUCUGUUCUUUUUCACAGACAGCUGCCUCAUUCUUGGAGAAGCUAUGAUCCCAUGCAUUUUACUUGCUGUUGGGGGCAAUCUUGUCGAUGGCCCUGGUGAAGGAAGUAAGAGGCUUGGCGUCCGUACCACCGUUGCUAUAAUUUUUGCACGGUUGGUCUUGGUCCCUCUUGCUGGGGUUGGCAUUAUCAUAUUAGUUGAUAAACUUGGUUUCAUUCCCAAAGAUGAUAAAAUGUUCAAGUUUGUCCUGCUACUGCAGCAUUCUAUGCCCACAUCAGUGCUGUCAGGUGCUGUUGCAAAUCUGAGAGGGUGUGGAAAAGAAUCAGCUGCAAUUUUGUUCUGGGUUCACAUUUUUGCUGUGUUCUCCAUGGCAGGAUGGAUUAUUUUCUAUCUGAGCUUGCUCUUCUAAAUACCUUACUGCACAGGAAUAUCUUUGAGAUCAAAUAUUGUCCAAAAUAUUGACGAAGAAACAAGUACCAUGAACUGUACAGUAGCCACUAAAUCGAAGUUGGAGAGGUACAAUUGUAUCAGGACAGAUAUAUGGAUAUGAUCACCCCCUAUAAUACCGUGGUCUCCUGCUGCUGCAAGCAGUGAGCGAUGUGAGGACAGUGUUUCCCUGCACGUAUCAUCAGGUCACGGAGCCUAGAUUGGGAUGAUGCCCUUCUUAUCAGAACCCUAGACUAUGCAGUGCUCCACGAUAUUCAUUCAUUUGUACUUCCGCGUAUUGUAAAUGUGAACCUUGAGGCUUUGUUCAAAUAGUGUCCUUCUGGGCGAGGGCUGAAAUAGUAUAGAUGUAUUUAAUACUACCUUAGGCCUGUCUAUUUGGGUGUUGGCUUUGCAGGAAAUGAUGCUUUAUCAUGCAGAACUUGUGCCCA